AGGGCCCCUGGAACUCCUUGAAGCCCCACAACCAAACAUACCAGAGCUGCUGCAAGCCUGCAACAGCACAUCUCCUUGCUUCCUCUUCACUUCUCAUCAAACUUCAGCGUCAGCGAGCCAUGAGCAACGGCGGCAGGGGCGGCGGCGCGAGGGGCGCGAGGCCGGAGCUGCAGCUGCACCUGUCGCCGCCGGCGGCGGCGGCCGGGAGGAUGGAGGUGGAUGGGGGCGACGGCAGCGACUCGUCGUCCUCGUCCCCGAGCUCGUGCGUGUCGUCGGACGGCAGCCCGGGGGGCAAGUCGCCGAUGGUGAUCGGCGCCUGCACGCGGUGCCUGAUGUACUGCAUGGUGGCUAAGAAGGACUUCCCCACCUGCAUCAACUGCAAGCAGCCCUCCCUGGUGGACCUCCUCCACGGCGCCGGCGCCGGCGGCAGCGGCGGCGACAAGAGGCGCGGCAAGGGCAAGUGAAGGGAGGCCGGCCGGCGUGCGCGGCGUGCCCCGCCCCGUCCAGUGGAUGCUCAUACGGAUGGUUAGCUCAGGAGGUUGCUCGGGCACGAAUCUUGAGGCGCGGUGGGGGAGUGACCGCCGUUGGAUCAUCCACUGGACGGACAGGGCCCUUCCUGGUUAUGUCGUAGCCUUGUAGGCUGGUAGAGUAGUUGCUGAUCUAGUUGCUACUAUGUUUAUGACGCUGUUGUGUUGCUUACGCUAGUAGUAUGGUUUUAGUCGUCGUAAUAAUAACAAUGCUAGCUGCUAUUCGAGUUAAGA